AUGGAUCAUAACCUCACACCAAACCAAACGCUUUCAAUUACUGAAGGAGGGAAGAUUGAAACAGAAGGCAAGUCACCAAUUCACUCCCUCACUGCAGACUUGGUCCCUGGCAUGCAGCAAUGUCGAGGCAAUACAAUGUUUUGGAAAAAUCUCCAUGCAGACAUAGUUUCAAAAAUUGUGGAGGGCCAAGCUAGAUGGGGUGUCAUAAAAAAAACCGCCCAAUUCGCUCUCGUUAUCAUGCCCGCAUGCAUCUCCUACAUAAAGGCAAUGAAAGGAAAAAUUGAAAUUGCCCCUGCCACUGCAAUUAUGGUAUUCAAGGAAUCAGAAGAAAUGGCCAAGUUGAAGCAACAAGAAGUGGAAAGCGGAUUCGAACUAUUUCGUAAGUUUGCAAAAAUAGUGGAUCCGGCAGGAAACUGGGACAACAUGACUGUGGCCGGGGUCAUGAAUUUCAUGGGUCGUGGUCGCCGCACUUGA